AUCAAAAUUUUAGUCGAUCGCAUGUAAUUAAAGAGAGAAGAAUCCUUUGAAAAAUUAUGGAGUGUGUCUGGGAUUAUUAUUACAGCGUUACUAAGAAAAUGUUAUUAUUGUGUGGCCAGUGGCCUUACCUGAAGAAAAGAAGAAGAUUGUUUCAACUGAUUUUAAGUACUAUGAUGCAACUUUCAGUUAUAGUUGGACAGGUAGGAAAAAUAAUUAAAUGUGACAAAAAUCUGCAAUGUAUUCUCGUAUGUAUACCGGCCUACUUAGUUGGAUGUAUGUUUACGAUUAAACAUUUGACCAAUCAACUAUCUAGCGAUUGGAAAGAUUUGGAAAGCCCGGAAGAAUAUGAAAUUAUGAAAACGUAUGCAACAAGAGUGAGAGUGUUUACUUUGAUUUAUUCGGCAUAUUAUCUCAUAGGUUGUCCUAUGUUUAUAAUGUGUAGUCUUAUACCGAAGGUAUUAGAUAUCGUGUUGCCUCUGAACGAAUCUCGACCUAUAAUCCUGCCUGUGGAAAUUCACUUUUUCGUUAGUGACGAAGAAUACUUUUAUUACAUUUUCAUUCACAGUCUUAUAUGUUCACUCUUUGUAAUAAAUGUGCUCGCGCAUGAUUGCCUUAUUAUGACUUGCAUUGAGCAUAUUUGCGGCAAUCUCGCUGUGGUUGGAUUUCGUAUGGAAAACUUGGCACAUAAUCCCAAUAGGCAAAAUAAUAGUGUAGAUAAUAUAUACAAACAAAAAAUAGCAUCAUCCGUUCGUUUACACUUACGAACUUUAGAAUUCGCGAAGUUUCUUGAAAGCACUUUCUCUGUAGCUUUAGUUUUACAAAUGUUCAUAAUUAUGGUCGCAAUGAGCAUUACCUUGCUGCAACUCGCAGUGCAAGUUGAACAACUUAUUGAAAUAAUGAGGAACCUAGUACUUGUUGUUGCUCAAUUGAUUCACUUAUUCUGCUUUAGUAUACAAGGACAAAAAUUGAUAGACCAUAGUCUAGAAAUACAGGAUAAGAUAUAUAACUGCUUCUGGUAUAAAAUACCAGUGAAAUCGCAAAGAUUGCUUAUAGAUAUUAUGAGAAGAAGUUUGCAGCCAAGCGUUUUGAGCGCCGGAGGGUUUUAUAUUUUUUCACUGAAAAGCUAUAUGACGGUUUUACAAUCUUCGGUGUCAUAUUUCACUGUACUCUCGUCUUUUCAAUAAUUCAUCGAUAAAAUCGAUAAAUUUGGGGAGUACUUCUGCACAAACAUAAUAAUGUAGAUAAAUGUGACAAUUUAUUAUCACA